GGGCCAACUUCCGGCCCAGGGCGGACCGGGUUGGCGCGCGGCAGCCGAAAGUCCCGCCCCCAGCGGGUCCCGGGCUCCUUUCCCGCCAUGGCGGAGCUGCUGGAAUUGCCGCGGACGCGGAUCGGAGCCGCGCAUGUGGCGCACUUCAUCGACCGGCCGGUGUGCUUCGUGGGGCGGCUGGAGAAGAUCCACCCCAGCGGAAAGUCCUUCAUCCUGUCGGACGGGGAAGGCAAGCAGGUCACAGUGGAGCUGUCGGAGCCCCUCGAAGAGGAGAUUUCCGGCAUCCUGGAAGUGGUCGGCAAAGUGACGGCCAAGGCCACCAUCUUGUGCGCGUCCUACAUGCUCUUCCGGGACCACAACAGCAGCUUCGACCUCAGGCUCUACAACGACGCUCUCAAAGUCAUCCACGAGUUCCCGCAGUAUUACCCGUUUGGGGCCGCGCAGCAGAACUGACGGCGCGGGAUCCGCUUCCGGCGGGGCGUCCCGUGUCUGAGGAGCUUAACUCUGGGCUCUGGGGCCUGCAAACGAUCCUCUUAUUAAUAAAGAAGAACAAUCAUGUGCUCUUGAA